AGCGUUACUCCAAGCUAGUUUCAUUAAACGGAACAACUAAUUUUUAGUCGCCGGUUACCAAGUAAUUAUUCUUUAACAAAUGAAACGGUGACUUAAUCAGAUUGUUCAACACUGUUGAAGACUUGAAGAAACGGAUACAGAAAAUGUUGUCAUUAAGCAACGUAGCAGCACAAGCUGUGUCAGCCACAAAUAAACUGUUGCAUGAGGUUCGACUUGCUGGAUUUAAAGCAGCUCCAUUGGCUAUGGUACAAAUCGCAGGCCUCAAAAAUUUUAAACCACCUCCAGUUUAUAAUGUUGAGUUCCCGGAGAAAAGAAAACUGCCAAUUAUGCAAAAGGUACCACAAUAUCCACCUUCAAUGAGGCCAUUCAAAAUGCAGAAGAAAUUGAAGUUCAUGAGGGGUCCAGAGUUGAUACAUAACAGUCUCAUACAUAAGCAGUUUGGAAUUGUUGCCACGGGUGGUGGUAGACUACGAUCAGGCCAUUUUGAGAUGAUGCGUCUAACUAUUGGCCGUAAGUUAGAUGUAAAUAGGAUGUUUGCUAUUUGGCGUGUUGAUGCACCCUGGCAACCAGUUACAAAAAAGGGUCAAGGCCAACGUAUGGGAGGUGGAAAAGGUGCAAUCGAUCACUAUGUAACUCCAAUUAAAGCUGGUCGAGUGAUCUUAGAAGUGGGUGGUACGUGCGAAUAUGUCGAGAUCAAAAAAGUAUUGACCGACGUCGCAAAUAAGCUGCCUUUCAAAGCCAUAGCUGUUAACGAAUAUGAAAUGCAAAAAAUGAAACAGAAAGAAUCUAGAAUUGAGAACCAGAACUUGAAUCCAUGGACAUUCAAGUAUUUCAUACAAAACAAUAUACAAGGCUGUCAUACCUGGAUAUCACCGGUAGACAAAAUAUGGUUUGGAAAAUAUAACUAAAUCGAGCCUAAAAUAUUUCGCACUUAGAACGUGAGUUGUAAAUAAUAAACGAAAAGAAAAAAAAUACGAAUAAACAUUCAUAAAGGAAA